AUGACAAUGCGCUCGCCAGCCCGCCUCAUCCUCCUGCUGUGCCUUGUCGCCACGCUCGCCCGUGCCGAGUGGUGGGACGACUUCUCCAACAACCUCGCCUCGGACCUAGCUCCCAUCCUCGCUCUCUUCGGCGAGCAAGUGACCAAGCAGUUCCUGAGCGAGUCCACCACGCGACUCGACACCUUCAUCUUCGCCAUGGUGCCGCUGGGCAUCCUCACCGCCGUCGUCUCCGCCGUGCGUGUCUGCGGCGGCCCCUCGCUGCGCGCCUUCGUCGGGCGCGCCCAGGAGGGCGCCGGUGUCGCCGAGGCCGAGCUGUGCUCGUCGACUAGCCGCGACGUCUGCGAACUGUACCACAGCGGCGCCGUCGUUCGCGUCUUUGGCCGCCCCAAGAUUGCCGAGAUUGUCCACGACCCCCGCGGCGCGAGCUUCUACGAGACCGAACGCCGGCCGGCCGAGGACGAGCACCCCGUCGCGGGCAAGGCCGGCCUCUACUCGUUCCGGGACUACAUCGGGGGCCCUAUGGCGAGGGACUCGGGCUGGUCGGAAAACGACCGGCCUGUCGGGGAGUCGCGCAAGGAUAGAUCUCUCGUACGCAUGUGUAAAUGGCUUCUUUCAAAGCUUCACAUUCGUUACCCGGAUGACGGUGACUACAACGGUGCCAUGAACUUUGCCCCAAAUCCUAAUCUGUCUCUUAAUUAUGGAAUCAAGAAGCAUUCUCUCAUUGUGUACUGGGGGGCGGCCGUUGUGGGAUUCGUCCUCCAGGCCUCAGUUCUGUGGUUCGGCGCCCUCACUACCUACAGAUGGCGCUGGAAGAAGAACGAUGCCUAUGCACCCGACUGGGCGUUUCCCAUGAUGGUCUUUGGGACGGUCCUGCAAUGUGCUGGCAUGUUCUGGUGCGCAUACCUGAUAGAGGCAAGCACGAAAGAGAGAGUCUUUCGUCGCCACCAAGAAACGGACCAGCCGUCCUCCUCGGCCAUCUUUGUCGUGCAGCCUGGAAACCAAGUCAUCGGUGACCAAACGUUCGACUCAUUUUCCUACAACGACAGCGGGAACCGAAUGAAGGAAUACACCACCUCGUGGAAAGACCCUUUACAGCAGGCCGCCCCGGGGAAAGCGGCCGCGAGCGUCGCCGUCACCAUGGUCGGCUUCAUUCUGCAGUUUGUAAGUCUGCGGGCCAUGCAUUCGGCCGUGUCCGUUUUUCAGUUAGGCGCCAUCUUGGCGAUGAGCUUCCUCCGGUCGAUGCUGCGUACGCGGAGGCUGGCGCGAGAACAGAACUUGCUGUUUAAUUGCCCAGAUAUGGUGCAGGGCUAUGAGCUAGAUUGGCUGGCCCUGCGAAUCAACGAAACCCAGGUGCCUAUUCUGAAACCCACCAAGUCAUUUCCAAGCGACACUGAUAGCAGAGCAUCACCGAGCCUCGCCCCCCAGAACCCUAACAGUCACUCCGUCCUCCAGAUAGAUUCCGUCAACGGCGAUGGAACGCUGCGUGCCUGCGGCUUCACCUAUGUGGGGGAGGAUCAUCUCUCUCCUGGCAUUGGCAAUGCAAUGAAAGCCAGGCAUGCAAAGUGGCUACAGGACACUGAGUGCCCCAAAGACUCCGCAACACCGCACUGCGGUGCGCGACAGUUUUAUUAUCGCGCAAGGCUAGCUCAACUGACGAGCGAGUCACCCGUGUCAUCACAACUGUCUACUGCGUGGGGUGAGGAUGUCGUGAGGACCCGAUCGCAGGCACGUCUACUGAAGAAUGCGAUUGAAACAAGCGCCGCCAUCAUCUUUUCUCGCGCCAACAUAAAGCCCGACUGGAAGACCGCACAAAUUUUCACUUGGCCGUUCAGCACUCGUCCCUGGUCCUCAGGCUCCGUAGAAGCCUUGUACGGGUCUCAGAUACACUUGACCGUCAAGAGAUCUUGGCUAGUAGGAAACGAGACGUUCAUACAAAGAUCAUGGGACGCAGGAAGCCAGCAGUCCACUUGGCAUGUCGAGCAAGAUGUCAUGGAGGCCGUCAUCGGUUUAUACGCCUGGUCUCUACAAUCUGACCCUGUGACCAAGGAGAAUGACGGCUUCGGGAAUACCGUGUCAAGGGCAGCAGCAGUGGGAACUGAACGUAUCCUGGGGGUGUCGAACGAAUUGAAGAACCUCAAGCCGAUCAAAAAGGAGAUGACGUUUUGGAUAGAAGAAUUUCCAGCGUUGACACGCGAAGUCUUUGCAAAGCCGCGGGGCGUCGGAGACGGCGUAAGAGAGGUUGACAAAGUCUCCUACAAUCUGUGGGAAAGAGACGGCAACUGCUUCGAAGAUAGUGGGCUUGGAUCAAGGCAGGACGGGUACUUGAUCAUCGUGUCCGCCCUUCGAAGUCGAGGCAUACUUAAUCUUCCGAGGGACAGUCUCUCGGAUGUUAUCAGUACUGCGGAGACCCAUAGAAGAGCGGGGGGGUAUGAAAAGGCGGAAGAGCUCUUGCAAUGGGCCUGGAGCGCCAGCGAUCACAUGCAGAGCGACACCUCUGAGAAGCCUGUGCCCGCAGAGCGGGAUGCCAGUGCUGACACGCCGGGCGACAAUUUCCGGCGCCCUGCACGCGCAGAGCGGGACGCAAUCAUGUUGGAGCUCGGUGAGCUCUACCGGCUUGCUAAGGAGCCAGAAUUUCGCCACAAUGGCGUAUCUUGGAUGAACAGUACCAAAACAGACAGAGAUCCCUGUAUUUCCACUGCAGCAUGCGAGAUUGUUGACCGAUACGUGGCGCUUGCAAGCAAGAAAGCGUGCGAUACCGCGCCGUCAUCUGAAGCUAUAACUAAAGCGAUAUCGGACGGGGACAGAUUACAGACCCUACUAUUCCUCAGUCAAAAAGGCAUACAGCUGCUGUCCUCGGACUCGGACCGUCGCACCGUGCUCUCGUGGGCAGCCCAACAAGGCUGGCCAGAGGUUGUCAAAGCCGCCCUAGAAAUCGGCUCCAACGUCGACGCCGGGGACAAGAUGGGUCGGACUGCGCUCAGCUAUGCAACCAAACACGGGCAUAUUGAGAUCAUGGCAAUCUUACUGAAGCAUCAAGCAUCACCUAUCCUGGAGGACAACUCUGGGCGGUCCCCUGUGUCAUAUGCCGCCGCCACGGGCUCCGUUGCCGCACUCGAGACAUUGAUGAGCGACGGCAGAGUUACUGUCGAGACGAAAGACGCGAAUGGGCGCUCCCCACUACACUUCGCAGCGGUAGAAGGCGCGACAGAUGCGGUGAAAUUAUUGCUGAAAAGCGCGGGCAGGAUGGUCGAUGCAGCCACGAAAAAGGGUAUCACACCCUUGCUGGCUGCUCUCAUGCACGAACACCAUGAUACGGCCCAGGUUUUGGUCGACAACGGUGCAAAGUGGGACACCCCGAUUGAGAAGUCCGGAGGGGAACUGGUUAGUUCUUGGAUUUGGGCGGCGGAUACUGGACACUGGAUUUGUGCCGAGUAUCUCUUGGCGCAGCUUAACUCUCGAGAAGCCAUGGACAGCUCCGCUGCUGAGGUACUGAAAACCGCAAUGUCCAUCGAGCUGUGGCCCCCGAACCUCGGUGGGAUGUCUCCGUCUGAGUUUGAGGAAGCUCUUCACCGAAGAAGCAAGAGUCUAGUAGAGAGAGGCGGCCUCAUUCUCAGACAAUUCGGCGCCAAGGGCGAGGAAGUCGUUGUAAAAUCCGAAUCGGUAGAAUUGUUGAUUGGCAGGAAACUAUAUGUCCACUGCUAUCUGACCGAGGUUGUGGAGGGGAAGGCGACGGUCAGGCAAUUGAUGCUGUCAGACUCACAAAUCAAUAUCCUUCCUCUAGUAGUCCGCCGCCUAGGACCUGGCUUUGGCGUUACGGAAGAAAUGCUGAAAGCGGCUGCCGCUCUUCCGACAGAUAAGGGGCUAGAAGUUUUGAAAAUGCUUCUCGACUGGGCCGGGGACGACGUUGAAAUUACCGAGUCGGUCGUCGAUGUCGUAAUGGGCAACCGCUGGUCGGCAGAGGCAUACCUGAAGCUGCUCAUGGAACGCAAGGGCCACGUGGUCCGCGUGUCGGAUGCCAGCCUGCAGCGCCUGGCCGGCGACGGCGACGAGGACUUGCUGCGCGCCCUUCGGGACAAGGCGCGCCGGACAAUCGCGCCCGAAGUGUGGCGGGUGGCGGCGCUGCGCAAGGCCACCGCGGCCGGCGACGCCGACGCGGCGCGGCGGCUGCUCGAGGAGGGGACGGACCCCAACGUCCCCUCGCGCAUCGGCGAGACGCCCCUCCGCACCGCCGUCCGAUAUCGCCACGUGGAGCUGAUCCGCCUGCUGCUGGAGUGGCCGGGCGUCCAGAUCGACGAGCGGACGGCGCAGAUCGACUGGUCGAUCACCCUUCCCGCCUUGGAGCUGCAAAGAGCCCAACGUCUGGAAGCUCAGCGCCGCCCCGACAAUGCCUGA